UCUUGGACUCUGGCAGUUGAAACAUGGAUAACACAGCGGCUUUUGUGUUUUCUGUAGUUUUAAUCCUUGGUAUUGGUGCUCCAUGCAUUUUCGUGUACAGCUUUAACACAAGAACGGAAUAUUUUCAAGUACUGAACAAACAUCCUAUGAUAUCAGAAUGUGCCAUUCAGGUGCUUGCAAAAAAUGAAUAUGUGGGAUGUCGGCUUCAUAAGGAAACAGGAAUAUGUGAGAAGCUGCAUCACUCGUCAAUGGCUAAUUUAACGAUCGAUGAAAGAUACUCAUAUGCGAUCGAAGUCCGUGCCAGAGAAGACUACAAUCCAAAUGUACGAGAAUAAACAAUAUCAGCAUAGGCAAGAUGCUUAUGUUUAGAGUAUAAAUCUGUAAACCAACAAAAUAUAAAUUGUAUCACCAAGGUACAUGACGGUAUCUAAAUUGAAUGAAAAUUAUGAAA